AUCAGUAUUCCCUCCGCCGGCCACGCUGAACUGGUCCUCCAAUCCCCCGGACGCUCUCAGUUAUACAUAAAAGGAGCCAUCAAUCUCCAUUUCAAUCGCACACAAGAAACGAUGAGCGCCGACGGAGCAGGGGAGGCCGAGCAAACCGCCGCAACAAAACCGGCGAAGAAGAAAAGGAGCAGCUUUCUUCGGUGCGCGGCGGCACCGCUCCGAGCCCUACGCCGCGCGCGAGACAUGUACGUCAGAAGCCUCGGCGGCUGCGCCGGAGCGGGAGGCGGAGGCGGCCGCGGAGCCCCCAUGACCGGAGUCACCGCAGGGAUGGUCGCAAUGAUGCCGCGCGCUCGCAGCGUCAACGCGUUCGGGAAUUCAUCGAACGGAUUUGGAGGAGGAGGUGAAGAAGAUUUCAAGGAGCUCGUGCGGGCGAAUUCGAAGCAGGACGAAGCGCGAGGAACAGGGCAGAAAGAGGUGAUCAGGAGGAGCCAGAGCGUGGCGCCGGCGAUCGGGAGGAUUGAUGAGGAAGCUCCGUGCGGCGAGGAAUUUGAUGGGGAUGAGAAUAGUAACGGUAGUUUGAAGCCGGGGGUUUUGAGAAGCAGGAGCUGCGCGGUGGCGCCGGCGGGAAGAAGGAUUAAUGGGGUCGGAGUUACGGCGGCUUGAUUUUGUUCGGUGGAAUUGCCAAGAGAUUUUGGUUUGGGGGUCUUUUUUUCGCAAGCAGGGUUUCUACAGGGUUUAAAUUGUA